CCCCGCAGCCAAAUCCUGGUCAGCUGAGGAGCUCAGGCGCUGUCGGGGAGGCGGCGAGAGCGAAGGAUGGCCCCGAGGCACACGGUAAGCGCUCGUUCUUGUCUCUGGUGGCGGGAGGCUGCGGGUUCUGCGCGGAGUUGGAGGGGGACAGUGCGUGUGCAGCGGUGUUAGAGGUGGGAAAGCUCUCCCUGGCUGCUGUGAGGCUUUAGCAAAGUUGGACGUUCCUGUCACAGAAAAGUUCUGCACCGUGGAGGAGUGUCCCGAUAGCAAAAAAAACCCCCAAAACUAUACAACAAAACAAAAAUAAUAACAACACAACCAAAAGCCAACCAAAAACCCCCCAAAACCCCCAAACAAACAAAACCUAGCUAUGUCCUAAUAUAAUAGUAACCUGAUUUCUCUGGCACCUUUUAUUCCUGUAAUGUAGUCUUACUAAAUUUUGCAAAGGAAAUCCAAUUCAGCCCCCGCUCAGAAUGGAGCACCAGCUGCUGCUCAGAGGGUCUAGCUCGCCCAGCAAGCUCCCCAGCUGGACGUUGUUCCUGGCUGUUUGUGCUGUUGGAAUUGGAGGGACCUUUCAGUAUGGGUAUAAUGUCUCCAUUAUCAAUGCACCCACACAGCAUAUACACAAGUUCUUAAACGAAACCUGGACCAGUCGUUAUCACAAGGAACUAAAUCCAGAUUUGCUGACUUUUCUGUGGUCUGUCAUUGCUUCUAUCUUUUCCCUUGGAGGCCUGUGUGGAGCCCUGAUGGGAGGCAGCAUGGCAAUUCGCCUGGGCAGGAAAGGAGCUCUUUUGAUGAAUAAUAUUAUAGCAAUACUAGCUUCCAUUUUAAUGGGGCUCAGUUAUCCUACAGGAUUGUUUGAGUUACUGAUUGCUGGAAGGUUUUUGAUUGGCAUAAAUUCAGGUAUUGGGUUCUGUGUGCAGCCUUUGUAUAUUGGGGAGAUUGCCCCAAAACAUCUAAGAGGUGGCUUGGCCAUGGGGACUUCCAUCUUUCUGACUGGGGGGAUUCUGACAGGACAAAUAAUUGGUUUGAGGGAAUUAUUGGGUGAAGAAAAGUACUGGCCUCUGUUGCUAUCCAGCAGCUGUUUUCCAGCAUUUGCCCAACUUUUAUUCCUGCCGUGGUUUCCUGAAAGUCCCAGAUACCUUCUUAUUGACAGAGGUGAUGAGCUGAGCUGUGCCAAAGCUUUGAAGCGAUUUCAUGGCUCUUCAGAGUAUCGAAGGGAGAUGGAAGACAUCCAGCGGGAAUCUUCUGCCUUAGAUGGGGAGAAACCCAAGAAGCCCUGGCAGUUAUUCACCGACCGUGGUGUGAGAUGGCAGCUCAUCACCGUGAUUGUGAUGACCAUGGGCCAACAGCUCAGCGGGAUAAAUGCUAUUUAUUUCUAUGCAACUUACAUUUUUGAAGCAGCUGGGAUCUCAGCUGAGAAAAUCCCGUAUGUGACACUCGGCACUGGAGCUUGUGAAUGCCUCACAGCCCUCUCCUGUGGUUUACUGAUAGACUACGUGGGAAGAAGAUACCUCAUCAUCGGGGGUUAUCUCCUCAUGACCCUCUGGUGCACUGUUCUAACCUUGUCUCUGACUUACCAGGACCUAUACUCCUGGGUGCCUUACGUGAGCAUGAUGUGUAUAUUUGCCUUCAUCUUGAGCUUUGGGCUGGGACCAGGUGGCAUAACCAACACCCUGAUAGCUGAGUUAUUUGUACAGUCCUCACGUCCUGCUGCUUACAUGAUUGGAGGGACUCUUAGCUGGAUUAGUUUCUUCACAAUUGGAAUGCUCUUUCCCUUUAUAGUGAAUGGACUGAAGCAGUAUUGUUUUCUGGUGUUCUUACUGGAGUGCUCCUUUGUUGCUGCUUUCAUCUUCCUUGUAAUUCCUGAGACAAAAAACAAAUCUUUUCUGGAAAUCAAAAAGGAAUUUCACAAGCUUAAUUUUGGAAGAAAUACCAGAAAAAAGGAGACAGAGCUUUAUGAAAGAACACAACUUCAAGAUGAAUUUUUAAAAAGUCCUUCAUAAUUUUAUGGCUGUAACAGAACUUCAGUGAGAAUUAUGAACUAAAUUAGGAGUGUAAUACAUGAUCAAAUGCCUUAUUAAAUUCUCCCGUAUAUUUAGGGGAAGUGUAACUAAAGGCAACUUAAUAUUGCUGAAAUGCUGUUAAAACAUGUAUUGCUGAAAUACUAUUAGCAACAUAUUAUAUGUUAUCCAUAGAAGACUUGACAUUUAACUGUAACCUGAUGCUGUAGGGACGCAGAAAUGCCAGGGAGGAUGUUCAGUGAAUGCCCCUGGCAGAUUUCUGUGGAUAAUUCAGUGGCUCUUCUUGCAUUUCAAAGCCCCAUCUUCAGUUCGGGUCAUCGGGCGCAUCCAGAUGGUUCACUGAGUAAAACACUGAGUUCUUGUUAAAACCCAAACAAGAAUUGACCUGCUGAAAACUGGUAUUUGAAAUAUUCCAGUUUAUGUAGAAAUGGGGGUAUUUAGUUGCCAUUUUUCACUCUUUACCCAGUCCUACUACUGUAACUGUACAACAAUGGUAUAGCACCUCUCUGAAUUACUAGUAUUUGUAAUAAAGACUUGUAUCCUAAUAAAACAGUUUCUGGGGUUUGAA